UUUUCUGCUACCCGACCUUGACCUUUUGUACCGGUGAAAGUACGAUGGCGCCUGUCGAUAAAAUGCUUGGUGAUUAUACUCGAUUUUUCGCAAUAUUCGGUGCUGUAUCAGCCUCCUAUGUUGCCCUCAAGGUAGUCUCUGCAAUCCUGAGUGUCUUCAAGAAUCAUGUUCUCGCGGGUCCGCUGGGAUUGUCUACGAAUCUCAAAAAGUUUGGAUCAUGGGCAGUUGUAACAGGAGCCACAGAUGGUAUUGGGAAGGCAUAUGCUCAACAGCUUGCCAAACUUGGAUUCAACAUUGUACUCAUCAGUAGGAAUCCUGAUAAACUAGCUGAUGUUGCACUGGAAAUAGAAUCCAAAGAGAAAGUGAAGACAAAGAGCAUUCCAGUUGACUUCACUGGUGGAGUGGAAAUAUAUGAUAAGAUAGGACAGGAUCUUUCUAACAUGGACAUAGGAGUGUUAGUUAACAAUGUUGGGAUGGCUUAUGAGCACCCAGAGUUUUUCUUAGAGAUUGAAGGAGGAAAUAAGAAAUUGAUAGACCUCAUCAACUGUAACAUUUACUCUGUAACGUUGAUGACGAAAGCAAUCAUGCCUGGAAUGGUUGAACGUCGUAAAGGAGCCAUCAUCAACAUAUCAUCAGCAUCUGCAGUCCACCCUAAUCCUCUUAUGACAGUCUACUCUGCCACCAAAGCUUAUAUGGACUUCUUCUCAAGAGCACUUCAAGCUGAGUACAAAUCUAAAGGGAUCAUAGUACAGAGUGUUCUCCCAUCAUUUGUUGCUACAAAGCUGAGUAAGAUUCGCCGUCCAACAUUCUUCGCUCCUGACCCUACCACAUAUGUCAAGGGUGCUCUGUCUACAGUGGGGGUGGAGUCCCGCACUUUUGGCUGUCUCUCUCAUGCCAUGCAGUGGAGUAUUGUUUCAACCCUGCCUGAGUGGUUGAUAAAUAUGGUGGCUGUUCCUAUGCAUAUAGGCAUACGUAAGAAAGCAUUGAAAAAGAAGGCAGCGAAACAAGAAUGACCACUAGACCACCUUAAAGUCUGUCUUUGAACUACAAUCCCACACAAACAUUCAAUUUAGUCUUGUCAAAGAUUCCUGAGGCAUGGUAUUUCAAGUUGGCUUUUGCUGCAUUGAUGCCUGUGAGGAAAAAUGGACUGAAAAGAAAGGAACAGAGGCAGAAAAUGGAAUAAAAUAUAAAUUUGACAAAUGGUUGAAUCUAAAAGGAUUAAAAUUACUUUCCAGACACCUACUUUCCACUAACAUUUUAGACUUUGUGAGUGAAUUCAAAAUUGACAUCCAAGAUGUUGGUUUGCAAUAAUUGAAUUCACAGUUUGUAUUUUUGCAAGAUGUACACUUAUGCAAUGCAUCACUACAGUGCAAGUAGAUAUGAUCAAGCUGUUUAAUGAAAUCAUGAUUUGAUAUUUUGAGAUCUCAAAUAAUUGAUUUAAUUUGUUAAAAAAGUGUGUGUUUCAGUAUUAUAUGUGUCAUGAUGUUUUAUAUGAUCAAAUGUAUUUGUGUUUCAAAAUCACUGCUGCUUUAUUUAUUGAGAUUUUCUUUCUAUGCACAUGUGUAUAUGGAAUAUCAUUUAUGUAUCAUGCAUGUCUUGUUGUUGAUGAAAUGAUGUACAUGUAUGCUCCUUAGCAGACAUUUCCAGAUCUCUAGACUUUUAAGGAAAUAAACGCACAGAUAGAUAAAUGACAUUGAUUCUAGUUUGAUACUUUGUGCUUCUUUGAUUUGUAACUUGUCAAAAGCCAACCACAAUAAUUCUGCCUGACAUAUAUUCAACAUAUUCUUCCUUGAGGUGAAUUGCAUGUGGAGUUUGUGGCAAUAAAUUGCCAAUAUUUACUUCUUUCAAUUGUGAAAUGUACUGUUUUUAUAAGUACAGGCUUUUUUAUAAGCCAAAAAUGUAUGUAAAUUUGAAUAAAUUGAGUGAUUUGUAA